AUGAUCGUGGGUAUAUCCUCUGAUCACACUAAGGUGGCUGUUGUUGAACAAUAUAAGUACAAUAUCUGGAUUUGGGACCUCCCCAGCGCGUAUGUCGAGCACACCCUGGUGGGACAUCAAAGCUGUGCACGCGAUGUGGUAUUCUCCCUUGACAACUCGAAAGUGGCUUCGGUGUCUCGAGAGGGAGCAUUUAUGGAAUGGGAUACGGCAACAGGUCAGCUACGACACUCCUUCACUUGCGCCGCCCUCCAAGAUACAGAGAGCCAUAUGGCUUGUUCUCCGGAAGGCACAGUGGUGAUCUUCCCCAUCGCAGAUGGCUCCAUCGGCAUUUUGGACGCGGCCACGAGUCGCGAGAGACAUAUCAUGACAGGCUCUCCUUCCCCCAUAUGGCGUUUACAAAUUUCGCCUGACGGCUCUUGGUUGGCUUUUGCUCUGGACGAUACGAUCCGGGUCUGGGAGGUCGCGACGGCCCAAGAGAAGUAUAAUCUUCGCACCGAUUUUCAUCGGUCAACAUAUUGUCUUGAUUUCUCUCUGGAUGGUUCCAGGCUAGCGUCAACAUACGAUUCAGACAUAAUCCAUAUCUGGGAUUUGAAUACGGGCAGUCUGGAUCACACAAUCUACCACGAAUCCACUUCCCGGUCGAUCGCCUUCUCCCCUGAUGGCACCCAAAUUGUGUCGAAUCACCACAAGACCCUAAAGGUAUGGCAACUAACAACCCACGAGGAAAUCUCUCAGGCUUUCAAGCACUGCUGGCCUACCAUCAAAACAUUGCCGUUCUUGCCGAGCCAAUUCAACUUGAUGGCCUGGACGGGUACCAGCAAACGGAUAAAACGCUGUUCUGUACAAGGGGUUCUCCGCAUUUGUGAAGAUCAAGUUCAGGGUCAUGAUGACUUCUAUUCAGUCGACAGCUCCACAGAGUGGGUGACGCAUAAUGGCUCCAAGAUCCUCCACCUCCCUUUGGAUAUGCGACCCAGAGCGGUCAAUGCCAGAGGGAACCAUCUGGUCCUGUUAUCUCUCCAAGGGGAGCUAGCGACUCUGAAAUUCAAGUCCCGUCGCAAUACGGCCCUCUCUUGA